UCCUUUUUUUUUCUUAUUUGAAUCCCCCCUCCCUCGUCAGAGUAACGUGUCUGCGGCCAGCGCCGCGUUGUCAUUGUAUUCAGAGGGACAAUAACGUGGUCAGCACAGCAGCACCUCCAGCUUCACUGCUACUCAACUGGUACACGGUGGUGAGCGACGCUAAGCUUCAAAUACAAGCAUGGAUACUGAGAAGAGUGAGGUUUUAGACAUGCCGGAGGCUCCGAAUCAAGAGGAGGUGGCGGUUAUGGAAAAUCGAGAGGAAAAAGUGGAGCCUGAGAAACCAGCAGCUGCUGUCGAAGCUCCCGAGCAGUCGCCAGUAAAUGAUCAAGCUGAAGAAGAAGUGGCAGGACAGAUUGCAGAAGAAAACCAGGAAAAUACGGAAAUUCUGGUUGAUGAAGACGCCAAAAAGUCAGAAGGUGUGGAGUUGGUGGCCCCAUCUGAACCAGAUAACUCGACCGAAAAGGCUUCUGACCCAGUUGCUGCUGCCGAACAACCGUCUGUGCCAGAGAACAAUCCAGAGCUCCCGACUUUACAAACUCAUCUGGCAGAAGGUGCUCCUGAACCGGAGCCAGAGAAAUCAGCAGAACCAGCUCCGGUAACUGAAGUGCAAGAGCAAGCGGUGCUUUCAAAAGCUGUGGAACAGCAGCCAGCUGCAGAACCAUCCACCAAACAGGAGACCAAGGAGGAACCAGCAGUGGGGGAAGAGCUUUCCUCAGAAAAGCCAGCACAAGCUGCUGCGUCAGAGGAGGGAUCAGCUGAGGGUGGAAAAGGUGACUCGGCUCAGUCUGGAAAGGAAAUCCAUGCUCAGUCUGCUUCUGUAAUGGCAGCUGAGCCAGCACAAGCUGAAGGUGUUCAAUCAGAACCAAAAGAGGCUCAGAAGGAAGAUGUGGCUCCAGCUUCUGGCUCACUGUCUUUUGCCCUUUUGAAUCAGGAGCAGACCAAAGAUGCCUUGAAAGUCUCUCGUACCCUUGUGGUCCUCAGAGGCCUUCCAGGAAGCGGCAAGAGCUUUCUGGCCCGUGCCAUAGCAGAUUCCUAUAAAGACCUCUGCUCUGUGAUCUCUGCCGACGCCCACGGCAUAAAGCCAGAAAAUCCAGAGCAGUCCACAGAGGGGUACAAAGCUCUGGAUGAAGCUGUGGUCACCUGCUGCAAGGAAGGCGGAGCCUCAUCUGUGCUAAUAGUGGUGGAUGACACCAACCACAUCCACGACCGCGUGGCCCGCUUGUGGGAGAUGGCUGAGGAGCACAACCUGGUUUUGAUCUUCCUGGAGCCACAAACUGAGUGGAGACUAGAUGUCGCACAGUUGGCAAAGAAGACGAAGCGCCAACUGGACGAGGCCAAACUGGAGGCAAUGAAAGUCCAGCACGAGGAAUUGUCCCUUCCUCUUUACUUUGGCUGGUUUCUCCUGCCAGCGGUGCAGGAGAAGAUCCGGUGCACAUCCAUGGACUUCCUGAAAACUCUGGACACGCUGGAAGCCUUCAAGAAACACCUGAUUGACUUCACAGGAAAAGCUGAGAAGGAGGUGGAUCUGGAGCAGUACUACAAAGCCAAUGGGACUUUGCACUGCACCACAAAGUUCUGCAACUAUGGAAAAGUAGAGGGUUCCAAAGAGUAUGCACAAAAUCCAGCGGUUAGAAGUGCCUAUGGGUCGGUGUUUGAGCUGUCGCUGACUGCUCUCUUUGUCACCCCUCGCACCGCGGGGGCCAGAGUGAGCCUCACCGAGGAGCAGCUUCUCCUGUGGCCAGCUGAUGCUGAGAAGGAGGUGGAGUCGGCCGUCGCCGCAGCCGCCUCCCUGCCCCAGGGAAGUCGCGCCCACAUCACUCUGGGCUGCGCAGAGGGCACAGAGCCCGUUCAGACGGGGGUAGAUCUGCUCCAAAUCCUUGCGCUGCAGAAAGAGGGCCAGCAGGGGGAGCCGCUUGAGAUGGAGCUGGGCUCGUUGAUCUAUUAUGGUGAAGGAAGGUGGAUGCUCACACUCAGAGAGCCCAUUGCCGUUCCCGCCUGUUUUUCCAGCUUUUAUGCAUACAAGGAGCAAGAGCCACCCAAAAAGGAACCAGAGAAGAAGAAGCAAAAGAAGUGUUCCAUACUGUAACCCAAACAGUCUUGGAAAUGUGAUCUCUAAGCAGCUGAUGAUACCUUGGGCUCACUUUGUUGAAGGUUUGUGCAGUGUUUGGGGGGUUUCAGUUAACUCAUCCACUCGACCACGAGCUGCGUGCCUUUUUAAUGUUGAUUUGCACCACAGCCUGAGAUGCCUUCUGCUGAGGCUUGUUGUCAGUAUGCUUCAUUAUCCCAUUCUGCUGUUAGUGCCAGAGUUGCAUCUUCCGAUUUCCCAUGAUCCUCUUAGUGUCAGUUGAACUUAGGUCCCUCCCACAAGCUGCAUCUAUCAGAAAAACUUCUUUCUUUCUACUCAUCAGUAUACAGGUGUGAGAGAAAUAAUUGCAUGCAACCUGAUUAUUAUAUUUUCUUUAGUACAGGAACACAUGGCACCUUCUAGAAAUAGCUCUGCCUCUGAAACGUUCUGUAGAUCUUCACAUGGUGUUCAGUGCAAACCCAUGCGGUCAGUUUUGUUCGUACAGCCUAAGACAUUUGAUAGAACCUGGGCCAAAGUGAUGUAUUAGUGCGAAUGUCAGACAGUCUUUGUUGUGAAAUCUUCAUAUCGUGCCUAGUUUGAAAAAGGGAGAACGCUGUUGAAUCUGACAUUUUGUUUCUGAAGUUGCACUUAAUAUUUAUGAAAUGCUGUGAAUUCAAGUUCAUUUUUUGUAAUCCUUUCUUACCACACUCUUUGAGAAGCACGUCAUGUACUGCAUUUCAACUUGUACUCUGUAAUUUUUGAAGGGCAAGUCCUACAUUGUGUAGCUCUUAAUCACUAUUUUUGCACUUGUUUUGUACACUUAAUAAAAAUGCUUUGCUCCAAGGAC